AUGAAAGUGCUUUACUGGAAUAUCAGAGGCUUGAAAAGAAUUCAAGCCAAAGAUAAAUUGAGAAAUUUAGUAAAAAGUUUUAGUCCUUCAUUAUUAUGGGUGGCUGAGCCUAAAAUAAAAGUUUCUAGUAGUGCAAUUAAGAGCUUAAACUUACCUGGGAUGAGUAAAAUGAUCAUACAUAAUUCUAGUCAUACUACAAAAGGUAAUAUAUGGCUAUUUUGGAAUUCUUCUUUAUCUAAACCAGUGGUGGUUUCUUCUUCAAGUCAAGCCAUUACUGUUAAAGUUGGAGAUGUUAUGGUUACUGGAAUUCAUGCAGCAUGUAUCACUGUGGACAGAAGAGACUUAUGGGAAGAACUGAUGGAUAUUAGUCAAAUGAAUUAUCCUUGGAUGAUUAUUGGAGAUUUUAAUGUGUUGUUGAUCUAUGAGGAAAAAGUUGGAGGUAGAAGACAAUUGAGAGUAUCAAUGCAGGAUUUUAGAGAUUGUCUAGAGUCUUGCAACUUAAUUCAAGCUACAAGAAAUGGAAUCAAAUUUUCCUGGUGUAACAAUAGAGCUGGUAAAAAAAGAAUUUUAUGUGACCUUGAUAAAGCAUUCUACAAUCUCAAAUGGCUGGAAAAAUUUGAUGGUUGGUCUUAUAAAGUGGGGGUAACAAGUACAUCAGAUCAUGGUCCCCUUUUUGGUUAUGUUGUGAAUAUUGGUAAGCCUGUGAAUGCUCCUUUCAAAUAUCAACCUAUUUGGGCUUCUCAUCCUGGUUUCCUGGAAGUAAUUAAAGAUGCAUGGAAUGAACCAAUUUCAGACCCUAAAAAUAUUGAGAUUUUAAAUAACUUGGUCAUAGCAAGGGGGAGACAAGAGAUAGCUUCUCAACAAUAUAAUGAAUUAAUGAGGGAUAAGGCCAGAGUAAAAUGGAUUAAGGAGGGUGGUGCUAAUACAACAUUCUUUCAUGCAACUAUCAAACUAAGACAAUCCCAAAACAAUAUUACUGAGCUGGAAAGUACAGAGGGCAAUGUAAUAACUGAGCAAUCACAAAUUGCAAGUAUUUUGGUGGAACAUUAUAAAAAGAAAUUUGAAGAGCAGAGUGUCAUAAUUCAUGAAGAGAUAUUGGAAACAAUUCCUAAAAUCUUAAUUGAGGAGGAUAACUUUUUUCUUGAUGUUACUCCCACUGCAAUCGAAGUGAAAGAAGCAGUGUAUCGCAUGAAUGCAAAUAGUGCUCCUGGUCCAGAUGGUUUUCCAGGCAGUUUCUACAAAUUUUCAUGGGACAUUAUUGGUGCAAGAAAAGCUGAACAAUUUAGGCCCAUUGGAUUAGAUAAUUUCAUCAAAAUUUUCACCAGAAUCAUUACUACUAGAAUAAGUACUAUGAUUGAGAGAUUAGUUUCUGUUCAACAAGUUGCAUUCAUUAAAGUGAGGAACAUUCAUGAUAAAAUUGUGUUAGCUUCUGAAAUGAUUAAUGAGCUUAAUAUUAAGAGGAGAGGAGGAAAUAUUGGACUUAAACUGGAUAUAACUCAAGCUUAUGAUUCAUUGAGUUGGGAUUUCUUGUUUGAGGUGCUUAGAAGAUUUGUAUUUUUUGAAGUUGGAAUUAGUUGGCUAAGGAAAUUUUUUGAAUCUGCAAUGAUUUUUGUUCUUGUUAAUGGUGGCCCUUGUGGUUUUUUUGGUGUUGGAAGGGGUCUAAGACAAUGUGAUCCAUUAUCACCCAUCUUAUUCAUUCUUGCAGAGGAAGUUAUUAGCAGAAACUUAUCAAAAAUGGUGAAGGAAGGCAGAGUGCAAGCAAUGGAGACUAGAGGUUAUUGUCAACCUUCACACUUAAUGUUUGCUUAUGAUAUCUUUAUAUUCUGCAAUGUCCAUAAAAAAUCUUUGGAUAAUUUAAUGGCAUGA